UUUGAUUUAUAGAGAAAUCAUGGUUCGACUGACCUUGGAUCUAGUUGCCAAAAACAGUAACCUUAAACCCAGAAAAGAAGACACCACUUUACAAUACCUGAAGAAAAUAACACAUAUAAAUUUUUCAGACAGAAAUAUAGAUGCAAUUGAAGAUCUCUCUCUUUGCAAAAAUCUUAGUGUUUUAUAUUUGUAUGAUAAUCGUAUUAGUCAAAUAAAUAACUUGGAUUUUGCCACCAAUCUGACUCACCUGUACCUACAAAACAAUUGUAUUUCAUGUAUAGAGAACCUCGGGUCAUUAAAAAAACUGGAAAAACUGUAUCUGGGAGGCAAUUACAUUGCUGUUAUAGAAGGUUUAGAAGGAUUAGAAGGACUAAGAGAGCUUCAUGUUGAGAGUCAGAGGCUUCCCCUUGGAGAAAAGCUUCUGUUUGAUCCAAGAACUCUUCAUUCUCUGGCAAAAUCCCUCUCUAUAUUGAAUAUCAGCAAUAAUAAUAUCGAUGACAUAAGAGACUUAGAAAUACUGGAGAAUCUUAAUCAGCUCAUAGCAGUUGACAACCAACUUCUGCAUGUGAAGGACUUGGAAUUUUUACUGAACAAGCUGAUGAAGCUGUGGAAAAUGGAUCUAAAUGGAAAUCCUGUUUGUCUCCAACCAAAAUACAGAGACAGAUUGAUAUUGGUCUCCAAAUCACUGGAAUUUCUUGAUGGAAAAGAAAUUAAAAACAUGGAAAGACAAUUUCUAAUAAAUUGGAAAGCAUCCAAAGAUGCCAAGAAAAUCAGCAAGAAAAUGAAUAGCAAAAAAGAGGAUGCAAGUAACUCAUACAUAUGUAACUUUGAAACAUUGCAUCACAUAGUUCCUGUUUAUUACCCACAGGUGGGUAAGCCAAAAUUAGUCUUUUUCUCUGAGGCACAGAGAUAUCUUACUAAUGGAAAUGCAUCUCCAGAAAGCUCCCAAGAUGAUGACCCUAAAAUUACUGAAGAGGUCAGGACUCUCUCUUUGAAGGAAUCUGAAAGGUUGUGA